AUGAGGUUUGGGAGAGAACAGCUGAUUCCGACCAACGCACCGCUCAUUGGAUUCGGAGGAACAAGGGUGCAUCCCCUAGGAAUAGUCACCUUACCAGUAACGGUUGGAGAUUACGCUCAGCAGAUCACCAAAGAUGUCACGUUCCUAGUUGUUGAUUGUUCAUCUGUUUACAAUGCCAUACUGGGUCACCUUACUUUGAAUUCAUGGAAGGCCGUAACAUCAAUCUACCAUUUGAUGAUUAAGUUCCCCACCGAGUACGGAGUAGGAGAGACUAUAUGUAUAAAGGAACAACGAACAGUGGCAGACCUGGUGGAAAGAUUGGAAGAAGUGCUCCUUGACGAUUCUAGGCCUAAACGAACAACCAGGAUAGGCACUUUGAGGAAGCGGGUGUUUGCACAGAAGCAAGAUGGAGCCAUAGCCAAUAAGGUUUGCAAAUUACAGGAAGCAAACUUCAUUCGAGAAGUGUACUACCCCGACUGGCUGACCAAUGUGGUGAUGGUUAAGAAAACCAACGGGAAGUGA